AUGGCUACUACUGGCAUCACCACCGUCAAGCUACAGUCGCUCCCUCUCGUGGCUAGCGGAAAGGUACGCGAGCUGUACAGGGUUGAUGACACCUCGCUGCUCAUGGCCGUGACCGACCGUAUCUCGGCCUAUGACGAGAUCCUCUCCAAUGGUGUUCCUGAUAAAGGCCAUAUUCUUUGUCAGCUGUCCUCACAUUGGUUUGACAUCCUCCGCCAGCGAGUUCCCGAGCUCAAGCACCAUGUAAUCAGCAUGAGCCCUCCGGCGGAAAUCGUCACUACCGAAGAGCGCGCCCUUCUUCGCGGCCGCUGCAUGCACAUCCGUUCCCUCAAGGUCUUUCCGAUUGAGGCGAUCGUCCGUGGUUACAUCACGGGCUCAGCCUGGAGCGAAUACUCCAAGAGCGGAACUGUCCACGGAAUCCAAGUUCCGAACGGACUUGAGCUCUGCCAGGAAUUCCCCGGGGGGCCCAUGUACACAGUAAGUUGGCAGGACGCUCUGAUCAGACAAGAAAGAAGCUUGACAAUUCGACAGCCCUCGACCAAGGCCCCUAUCGGCGAAAAGGACGAGAACAUUUCGCCAGAACAGGCUCGGAAACUAGUCGGCGACAAGUACGCCAACCAGAUCGAGGCGCUCGCUCUCAAGGUCUACAAAGCUGCACACGCCUACGCACUAGAGCGCGGGAUUGUCAUUGCUGAUACGAAAAUGGAAUUCGCCUCCCCCACCCCCGCCACCUAUGCUAAUGCCGCCGGGCACGAUUUAGGUCUCGAUGAAAAAACAGACGAAAUUAUCCUUGUCGACGAGGUCUUGACACCCGACUGCUCGCGUUUCUGGCCCGCCCCGGUCCAGGUGGGCAAGGACCAGCCCAGCUACGACAAGCAGUAUAUUCGGGACUAUCUAACUGCCAAUGGUCUCAAAGGCAAACCCGGUGUUGUCCUUCCCGACAAUGUUGUCGCGGAGACGACGAGCAAGUACAGAGAAGUGUUUGAAAAGUGA